AUGCGCAGGUGUGAUUCGUCUUCCUCAUUGGCUGUUGGAGUGGUCACGCAACAUCCCCACAGCCAAUCAGAGAGCGCCCCACGUCAUGACGUCAUUUUACCCGCUGGGUGGAUGAAACGCAAACCAAGAACACGUAAGACGGAAGUACGCGCAGCAUUGGAUAGAUAUGGUGUUGAGGACUCCGGACACCGUCACCUCCACAAGGCGGUUGAUAUGGUGUUGAAAACCUUCCCCCAUUUGCCCUUUGGGCGUGUUCGAGAAGAGGUUAAGGUCGUUCUGAAAAACAGACGGUACGAAAAACGGACCAGGAAAGCAAGAAAGGCACCACCAACCACAGCAUCGUCAGCGCUGAGGGUUACAGUAACGAGGCCAAAUGGGACUCUGUUGGCCUCGGCGGAGGAGAGGUCUCGUCAGGGGGAAGCAGUGACUUUACAUGUCCAGGAACUCACUGAAGAAGGCAGACAGCAUCCUGCCUUCGCACAGCUUGAUUCGGUGCCAGGUGACAUCACAAUCGACAUGAGCAUCUUCCUGAUAAGAAUAGAGAAAGUACAGUAG